AUGCGGACUCUCGUGAGUGAGGUAGAUGAUCUCAAUCGGUAGAAUGAGGUUGAAAAUUCAAAAUUUUGUUGAGAUAAAAGCAAUUUAACAGCAAUGAGGUUAUUAAUCUCCUCCUCCUCUCAGCCUUCAUUCCAGUUAAAGGCAUCAAUUUCCUGCGUUAUUCAGCAUUACUAGAGUUGCAGCCUUAUAAAUCUUUUUCUUUUUUUUUUCUUUCCAGGACUGUGCUUUUAAAUAGUUGAAGUCGGAUACAGCGCUUAAAGUCUCAUUUCACGGAACCAUGAGGGUUCAUGGCGAAUUCAAAUUUAAUGGGAACGAAUGCAGUGGAACAAUGACGAUUGAAGCUGCUGUUUACAACAACUGGUCAUCUGGGAACCCUAAUCUGCAUCAUCAUCGGUCAUUUGAGGGGUACUGUGAAAACAUCCUACAAGGUGCAGUUAGAGUGGAAUGA